AUACUCGUGGAAAAAGACCAGCCUUUGGCGCUUUUGCUGACGCUUUAUUUUUCGAGAAAACAGAACAUAAAGUUUCAACCUUUCUGGAAAAACCAUGGCUUCCUUGCUCUGUCCAACUUCAGCAACUGUUCAGCAAAAUCAUAGGGUUCUUUGUUUUUCUCCUCUUAAAUCUAUCUCUCAAGUUAAUCAUUUGUCUUUAACAAAGCGUCACAAGAAUACCACAGCAAGGUGCAAUGCAUUUGAUUUAUUGCAACAGUCUGUAUCUCAAUUCCCUGUUGUUAAAUCCGAGUUUGAAUCGGUUACUGGGGAAUUAAACGAAGUGCAGAAAUGGGGUUUCAUUGUUUUUGCAGGGCUUACAUGGAUUUAUUUGACUGCAAGGCCUGGUGUUCUUGUAGGUGCCAUUGACGCUUACUUAUUUGCUCCUUUGCAAUUAGGAUUGGGUAGCUUGAUUGGUAGGAGGAGUUUGAAAAGGAGUGAUUUUUUGGUUGGGGAUAAGCUAGGAGAAGGGUCUUUUGGUAUUGUUUAUUCUGGUGUUAUUGUUCCUAAGAAUGCUUCACUUGAAGAUAGGUUACCGAAGAGAGGCAAAGCAAAAAAAGCACUGGUCGAUGAUGACAGAUUUAAAGAGAAGGUUAUACUUAAAAAGGUUAAAGUUGGUGUGCAAGGGGCUGAAGAAUGUGGAGACUACGAGGAAUGGUUUAAUUACAGGCUUUCAAGAGCAGCUCCUGAGACAUGUGCUGAGUUCUUAGGAAGUUUUGUUGCUGAUCAAACAAAUUCACAAUUUGUGAAGGGUGGGAAGUGGCUUGUUUGGAAAUUUGAGGGCGAUCGUACGCUUGCCGAUUACAUGAAAGAUCGUAGCUUCCCUUUAAACAUAGAGUCUGUAAUGUUCGGACGUGUACUACAAGGAGUCGAAUCCGUUAAACGGAACGCGUUAAUCAUCAAGCAAAUAUUACGCCAGAUUAUUACUUCGCUUAAGAAAAUCCAUGACACGGGUAUUGUUCAUCGUGAUGUAAAACCGGCCAACAUAGUGGUGACAAAACGUGGACAGAUUAAACUCAUAGAUUUCGGUGCAGCAACUGACCUUCGCAUUGGUAAAAACUAUGUACCAAACCGUGGACUGCUUGAUCCCGAUUAUUGUCCCCCGGAACUAUAUGUCCUACCGGAAGAAACACCGAGUCCUCCUCCCGAGCCAAUUGCUGCUCUUCUUUCCCCAAUUUUGUGGCAGCUCAACAGUCCGGAUCUAUUCGAUAUGUACUCGGCCGGCAUUGUACUACUACAAAUGGCAAUACCUUCACUAAGAUCACCAGCAUAUUUAAAGAACUUCAAUUCAGAAAUAAAAGCAGUUCAAUAUGAUUUGAACAAAUGGAGGGAUAGAACACGGUUAAGGCCGGAUUUUACGAUUUUGGAUCUGGAGUCUGGUAGAGGAUGGGAUUUAGCAACAAAACUGAUAUCAGAAAGAGGUUCCCUUAGAAGGGGUCGUUUAUCUGCUGCUGCUGCUUUAAGGCAUCCUUACUUUUUGUUGGGUGGUGACCAGGCAGCUGCUGUUCUUUCGAAAUUCGGGUUUUAAGUGAGUAAAAAUCUUUGCCCCUGUCUAUAUGAUCUUUGCUGCUAGCCUUCAACUUCUCCCUGCAGCUGUUUACAGUUACAUUGUUGAUAUAAUUUUUAAUAGCUGAUUCAAUAUUACAAUUCAUGCAUUUCAAUCCUACAAGUUGAUUAAGUGACAAACCA